CACGGUGCCAACAAUCUUUGGCAUGUUGGCCGCGUAUAAAUAGGGCGCCCAUUGUGCCACACGGCAGUAACGUAAGGACCUGUGCCCCCCCUCCCCAUCGCGAGUCUAAACUUGGAGGAACAAGCCCUUGGUAGUCUAUCCGCGCAAAGGCCUCGCCCUUGGAGUUUGGACAGGUAGCGGCCGCGGACCACGCCCUCCGCCGCGCACAGUAAAAUCCUACUUUUGCUUCCAGUGACGAUGCGGCUGCUGGGGCUCGUGCUUUUGACGGCCUUUGCCUCAUCAGAACACUUGCAGACGGCGGUGCGACCCGACGAAGGCUCCGCGGUGACUGUGUCCAGCGUGCUGCCGGCGGAUCAAUGUGCCGUUUGUACAGUCGGCGGCGUGAACGACACGCAGAAAUCCUGCCAGUCCUCUUUGUCUCUGGCACCUGGGGAGGAAGUCAAAUUGCUGUUCAACUGCUCCCAGGCGGUGGAACAGGCUUUCACUGUGACCAUCGCCCGGACCGUGGAGUGCACAACGGACCGCUGCAGCCCGACGAUGUUAGAAACUCAACCCUCCCUCCUCUCGGAGUUCAGUCGAACCUUCACGUGGGAGCUGAAGGCACCAGAGAAGACCGUUGUGGGUUUGGAGAUCCUUGGACACGGGCUGAUGGAGACGUCAAAACCAUGCCUCGGUGGAUUUCAGUAUUCAUUGACCCACACCAACGGUCGGACUCUGUACUGUCGAGGUGGUUCUGAGACUCAUUUAGAUGGACUCAAUGGAGCUGUUGUGUCUCUGCAAGUUAAGCCGAAGGCUGUGGUGGAAUCGGUGUUGUUCCAGGCCUCAGCUGGACCUCUGAAAGGCCAAACAAUGGUUGUAACCGUUGAUUCAAGCACGACUGCGGUUGUCCGCCGGGAUCCUGCGGCGCCAGAGUGUGACGUUUGUUCGGCUGAUGGCUCGACUCGCGAAUGUCGUGCCAACGAAAAGACGCUGACCAACGUUGAAAACCUCUCGCUGGAGUUCAGCUGCCUGAAACCUCAGGAUGUGUUCAGCGUGGAGGUUAAGAAGAAAAUCGAAUGCACCCAGAGCUCCUGCACUCCUGCUGCAGGAGAAAUUGAUGUCUUCAAGGACUUCAGAAGAUCCAUAACAUGGGACAUCGGCGUACCACAGAGGACCGUGUUAACCCUGGACUUCCCCGGUGGCUUAAAAGAGAUGUUUGAAGCAGAAACGUGUCCAGACGGUCACCAGUACUCAGUGAGCACAAUAAAAAGUGAUGGAGGGACUAGAACUACGAGCUACUGUCGGGGUGGGACAGUGUCUCAUCUGGAUCUGUUCGGAGCAACGAGUGUGACCACACAGCUUCUCAAAGGAAGUGAAGUGGACUCCUUCACUGUCAGAGUGGCACCAAGAGGUGGUAGAAUGAUGUCUGUGAUGCCCGAUCCGAACACCAUCAUCACCAUCAGCAGGGUGAGCAGCGAGCCAGACUGCAGUGUGUGUCUGAACAAGGGGCCCAACCAGAUGUGCAAACCCACACAGCUCACCCUGAAAGACCCUUACAACACCACAGUAGAGUUCACCUGCCCUCAACCUCAGCACGUGUUUGCUGUGGAGAUCAAUAGAGAAAUUGACUGCACAGAGACCUCCUGCUCUGGUAACAUCGUUCAGGCCGAGUCCUCACUAUUCCCAGACUUCAACCGGACCUUCACCUGGGACCUAAAAGUUGUCUCCACUCGGGCCUUCCAACUGGACUUCCCGGAACUGGGAAUGCGACAGAUUCCCAACAAGGAGAUCUGUCCAGAUGAGCACACGUACUCCAUUGUUACCUAUCUCCGCAGAGGGCCAGCCACCAUUGGUACCUUCUGCAAAGGAGGAACUGUGACCACCAUCCUGGCUCGCUACAAGGGCCGAGUGUCCCUGCAGGUGCCCGGCAACAGGAAGCUGGACCCUGUUGACUUCAAACUGAACGUUGGACCUGAGACCAGCAUGGUUGCCAUAGUGAAAGUCAACCUACCACGCGGUGUGUCCAGCACAGACUUCAUCACGGCCAACUAUCCCAGCGAGUUCCCUGACAACCAGCAGAUGCAGUGGGACUUUGCGGUGCCCGGCAUGCACAACUACACGAUGCAUUUUCAGGAUCACACGGCUCCAGAGUGCCUCGCCAAGGAGGUGGAGGUGGAGUACCAGAAAGAGGACAAGAAGGCCACCAAGCUGACUCUGACGGAUUCCCAGCCAAAGCACGCACAGGGCGACUUCAACAUGGUGCUGAGGAAUUGUGAAACCAACCGGACGCUACAGGGCCUCACCUUGAACUACAGAGUCUCCGUGAUGAGGAGUGGGCAUCCAGUCCUGUGUGCCGUGGAUCUGACCGAACACCAAGGAGUUUCCCUGCAGAUCGAGAAAGUGGGUUCUGAUCCCUUCUGUGAGAUGAGCAUCAACUCUAAGGUUGAAGAGAAGCUCAACGUGGCCGCGGGCGCCAAGGCCAGCCUCUCCUUCCUCGACUGUCCAAAUGAAGACGUGCGACUGACUGCCAGUAAAGUUAUUGCAGCGUGUCAGGAUACGACGACCUGCUCUGCGACUCAGCUCACAGUCCCCAAGCUGGACUCGUGUCUACCGAUGCCCCUCCACAGCUUCACGUGGCACCUCCAAAUCCCCGAGGACCGCACGGUGGACCUGACGUCGCCCACGGGGAGUCUCCGACAGUCGCUGCCCGGCCAGGAGUGUGACCCGUCCGCCUCGCUGCACGUGGCCGAGAGCGACGGGUUUUCUGUGGGCGAGUUCUGCUUCGCCGGAAUGAUCCCGAAAAUUCAGGUGCACGCGAACCUCUCUGUCACGGCCACCGUGUCGGACUUCAGCAGGACCAAGGAGCCUUUCCUCAACGUGAGCUUCAGUCAGGAGAUCCCAGAGACCAUCAUUUACAGGGUCAGCCCAGAGGAGUCGUCCCCGACCCUGCUGGCCACCCCCAACUGGCCUGGGGGUAUGAGGGCUUCGUCCACCGUGUCCUGGCUGGUCACCGUGCCGAGCCAGUACGAGGCGCACCUGCAGUUCCUCAACGUCAGCCAGCCUCGAUGCAGGGAGCGGCACACGGACUUCACCGUGAAGCUGCUGGGGGACGAGGAGGAGCUGAUCAGCCGCAGGGAGGACGAGGCGCCAGUGGACAAGCUGACAGUGUCGCGUAGUUUUUAUCUCAACAUGUCCAACUGUAUCCCAGAGAGGGGAAACUUUGGUACAAUGACCAAAAUAGUUUUGCAGAAGAAGAGCAAUCUCAUGGUGAUCCUCCUGGGGGUAGCAGGAGCUCUUCUGCUGCUGCUCACGCUGCUGGCUGUCGUGUGCUUCCUCAUAAGGAAAAAUAAAAAAGACAAGCAGGCCAAGGAGUCGUCCAUCUACAUCGGCAAAGGGAACAUCUUCCGCCCAAAUGACGGGCACUUCAGCAAAACCCGGUCUGACAACGAGUCCCACGUCUACGCCUCCAUCGACGAGGCGAUGACGUACGGCCACCUGCUGGGGGACUCCAGCUACGCCGACAGCAUGCCGGCCCGCUUCAACGGCGCCCAGGUGGACACUUACAACACAUUCACAGGGCCCACUAGUUCGGGGCUGCCUGAAAUCCUAGAACCGGACAAUGAGCCCGAGAUGGAGAUGUUCACGACGUUCCUGGACCCGUCCGACUCUUUCCUCCCGUCCCGCCCGCGCACGCCGAUCGACCGGCAGGACAGCCUCGGCUUCCAGGACCGCAGGUUGUUGGACAGUCAGCUGUGCACGUUCAAGAGCACGGGGGAUAUAAACACCAUCCGCCUCUCUGGCGUCAACAUGGAGCCACAGGCGCCUGUUUUAUCGGAGGACUCCUUUUAGUGUGUCAAGGAUGGAGCUGCAUUGUGGGCCGCUUUUACUAAAUUGUCUUCACAACACAACGUAUCUCAGGAAGAUACCGAUGGGAACUUCUGGGCCCCCAUCCCACUCAGGGAAUCUGAGAUCAAUGAGCUCCCGAUGGCCAUGUGUGCGUCGUCUGUCAGAAUUGAAGCUUCAAGAGACCAUGCUGUGAUUUUCUUAUUCAAAGGACUCUAUUGCCACACAUUCAAUACUAAUAAGUAUGAUUUCUUUAGUCUGUUUCCUGAAAAUAAGAACAUCUUGCAUGCUUUGCACACCAAAGGUUUCAGUGGGUUGCCGUCACUGCCAGAUUGCACCAUUUUUAAUGAGGUUUGUUAAUUGUUUUUUUUAAACCUUCAGUUCCGACAGUUAGAGAUGGCACCUUGUUGGCUCAGGAUAAAGACUAAAACGAGGUGGAAACAGCCCGGCUCAGUGCGACAGUCUCAUACGUACGUUUAUCUUCGUUUUAGUGGGUAUGGGUGAUGUUACUCAUUCAAAGUGCCAAACUAUUCCUAUAAGGUUCUACUUGUUUGUGCUUUUUAUUUCAUCUUGACCAAUGUGGCAACAUUCAGCGUGCUCCAUGGUUUUUAGAUAUUGUUCACUUGUUUUUAAAAGAUUUGUUUUCUUUACCUGUAAAUACUUUUUUUGCAAUAAAUUUUAGGAAAAUGG